UGGAGUCAGGCGUAUAGACAAACCCACACACAGCAUUCUAAGCUCCCUCUCUCUCUCUCUCUCUGCCUCCGCGUGCUCUUGUUUUGUAGCCUUCUGUUUCUUCCAAACAAAAUGGCUGCAUACAUGAAAACAUCGAAGAUGAAGAUGAACCUGAAGAGGAAGGACCUUGAGCUCGACGAAUUCAACGACGAAUUCUCCGACUUUUCUCUCUCUUCCCCCGCUCGAAAGAUUCGCCGCCUGGAUGCGGAGUUGCCGCCGAUUAUGGAGGAAGAGGAGGCGGAGAUUCCUCAGGCCCAGGAUGUAGUUGGACGACUUCGUGACGGUUUGGAAUUGGAAUUUCCGUCCAAUGAUGAGAAGGCUAUUGUUCUCUUCAAGCCUGUGAAUACUCCUCUUUUACAUUCAUCGUCUUCGAAUCUUUCUUUCUCUGUUGAUUCUCACAUCAUGUCUGGCUUUAAGAAUCAAUUAUUUGGGUCGAGCCAGUACGGUAACAUAAAAUCGGUCGAGGAACAGUCUAUGAAAGAAAAAAAUAAUGGGUGUUUGGCCGUUGUUCCUUGGGUUCCCUCUCAACAUCCUCUUGCGCCGGCCACCGCCGUUCCCCCAUUAACGGCGGAGGCUGAAGGAAUGGCAGUGGCGAUGGAUAUCGAAGAAGACAACAAUAACAACAGCCAAAAUGCAAUCGUAGAGCAAGGCCACCCAAGUGUACAAGACGUUUAUGGUGGAAUAGCUGGAAGCGAGGGCUUAAAUCAGUGGCAGCAACAGCACUGCUUGAUACCACAGCUUCCUCAAAACACAUCCACGCCCAUUACAUGGUUCCGGUAAUGAAGUAUAUAGUUAGAGAUGGACCUCCAUAUUGGUAUUUUAUUUCAUGGUUGUAAUGGAGGAAAGAGCUGAAUUAAAGAUAUGUGUAGUAGAUGGGAUUUGGGGACCGAGAAUGGAGCCCCCUUCUUUGAUAGUUUUGCUUGGUGGAAACGCUCUUGGUUGGCUUUUUCCCUUCAACUGAAGGCAUUUUGGAUUUGGGGGGAACACGCUGUAAGAAAUUAGUGUUGUAGAAAAAUAGUGCUAUAAUGUGCAACCUAUAUGUAAAUUCUUGCGUUUUUUCCUCA